AUUUGAAGGUCUGUGCCAUCUUGACAUCGCUUCUUGGCGUUGAAGAUGAGCUCAACUCCAGUGCUUUCUGUCGACAUCUACUGAAUCUCGGCACCUGAAGGUAUUAUAUGUGUCACCUGGAGAAAGACGAUAAUGGCAGAUGACAAGGACGUGCUCCGAGAUGUGUGGUUCGGCAGGAUCCCGGCCUGUUUCACCCUGUCUCCAGAGGAAACCACAGAGAGAGAGGCAGAACCCUACUAUCUGCUCCUCCCACGGGUCAGUUACCUGACGCUAGUCACUGAUAAAGUCAAGAAACACUUCCUCCGAGUCAUGAAGGCUGAAGACGUGGAGGAGAUGUGGUUUGAAUAUGAGGGAACGCCUCUCAAAUGGCACUAUCCCAUUGGCGUGUUGUUCGAUCUUCAUGCUUCAAACACAGCUCUGCCCUGGAACGUCACAGUGCACUUUAAGAACUUCCCAGAACGCGACUUGCUUCAUUGCGCAUCGAACUCAGUGAUAGAAGCGCAUUUCAUGUCAUGCAUUAAAGAGGCAGAUGCACUCAAACACAAAAGCCAGGUCAUCAACGACAUGCAGAAAAAAGACCAUAAACAACUGUGGAUGGGUCUGCAGAACGAUAAAUUCGACCAGUUCUGGGCCAUGAAUCGUAAACUCAUGGAGUAUCCUACCGAAGAGGGAGGCUUCCGCUAUAUCCCCUUUAGAAUAUAUCAGACGAUGAGUGACAGACCGUUCAUCCAAAAGCUCUUCCGACCAGUGUCUCCUGAGGGCCACACGCUUACGUUGGGAGACCUGCUGAAGGAGCUGUUUCCUGCUGCCAUAAGUGCGGAAGACGAGCCAAAGAAAUUCCAAGUUAUGAUUCACGGCAUUGAACCGCUGCUGGAAACACCCAUCCAGUGGUUGAGCGAACACUUGAGCCACCCAGACAACUUUCUCCACAUCAGCAUCAUCCCAGCACCAAGUGACUGAUUCCAGAGGAUCCAGUCGUCCGGUGAUGGAGAAUUAGGGAUAAAAGAUUUGCAGAAAUGUUCUGAUGGCACACCUGUUUUCUCAUUCUCAUCCCUGCAGUGGCCUUAUAGAGUGAUGGUCAUUAAACAUCAGAAUCCUGUGCACUUCACAUGAAGGAGAUGCUCUUGGUUCAUUUCCAGCUCUCAGAUUGGUCCCGUGUUCUCGCUGCCUUUAAUAUUCCUACAUUCUUACAUUUGCACAAGCUUGUGAUGUGAUUAUACUCCCACAUUAACUCUUUGACUUUCCCGUUCCCACUCUCAAAUUUAUGAGUAACGUACGCUUGGACUCUCAGCUCUCUUCAUUAUUAGGAGGAAUCCUGUUUGGUGUUACUACACGACCAACAUGGGGCUUGAUCAUCAACAUGUUUUAUGCAAGCAUCCGGGUCAGAUGAGGUGUAAAAUUUAGAUGGAGUUCUUGCAUAAAAACCAACGCAGGAAAAAUGGUGACUUGAGGGACAAAUAUCGGUGACUGGAUUCACUGGAUUAAAUGCGUCAGUGUCUGGUUUUGGCAGCUGUGUUGGGGAUCACACAUGUUGGUGGAAGUGAUGAUACCACGAGCCGAUUAGUCACAGUCCCAGACAUAUGUUGGUGGGAUAUAGCACAAAUGAAACUCUUUUCCCGGACACUGUUAAAGAUAUGCUUUACUUUCUUCUAAUUUCCGGUGGCUGGGGGGCUUUAUCUGCUUGGUGAAAGGGUUUUAUUCUUUUAGAGCCAAUAUUAGAUUUUUGAAAUGGGUAUGUAUAAUAUAAAAGUCAGAGCCUGUACAAAUACAUUUUCAUUUUCAGACUGUUUCCAGCAAAUUAACCUUACAGUAUUCCCCCCCUUUAUUUCCAAGCUGAAGGCAGACUGGCCGUCUGUGUUUAGGGGGAUGUGGGGACUGUAGAUCAGUGUUGCAGACAACACACAGCUGAUAGUGAUUAUUCGUUUAGAGGAAUCGGUGAGUGUUUUACCCCAAACCGAGAAGUGGGGAAAACCACAGAGCUUACGCCACCACCAGGCGACUUCUCAGCAGACUGUGCUGUUUGUGUACAAACUUAAGAUGUUUAUAUCAUUCCUUGUAUGAUUCUGAAUAAUCACAGAAAUAAAGACUCUGCAACUCCUCACUACUAAUAACGGUUAACAACAUGGUUCAAAUGUGCUUUUUCUUGCACCAUUUUAAUUGCGGUUAUUGCUAAACUGUCUUUGCUAAAUUCAUUCUAAAUGGAUUUAAUUAAAACAAUAUUUUAUAGCUA